GAGGAAAAAAACCCGCGUUGAGAGAAGGACAGUACCGUCUUUUCAUAAUAUAGGGUUUAGUUUAGUAUAUGAACCCUAAAAAUUCUCAACCUUGAAACUUGAGCGUGCCGAUUGUGAUUUUUGGGGAGGAAGAGGAAAUCGCAGCGAAGACAAAAAAUGCCUAAGCAAAUCAACGAGAUUAAGGACUUCCUCCUAACUGCUAGGAGGAAGGAUGCACGCUCCGUGAAAAUCAAGAGAAGCAAAGAUGUUGUCAAGUUCAAGGUUCGAUGCUCCAAGUACUUGUACACACUUUGUGUGUUUGAUACUGAGAAAGCUGAUAAGUUGAAGCAAUCACUUCCUCCAGGUUUGAAUGUGCAAGACUUGUAAUUCUACCAGUUAAAUGUGUACUGAGUGAAGAUCAAUUGUUGCUUUGGUGUCAUGAUUUACCAAUAUUUUUUGUCUUGUAGUUGUUUUUUAUUACCAGCUUACAACUCUCAUUAUGAAUGAUCCAGCUCUAUUUUCUUGUCGUACUGCAGUUUUACAAUUAUUUAUAUAAUCAAUUAGACCUCUUAUACUGAA